AUGUCGCAAACUUGGUCAGUUUCCAAAGUUCGUUCGACUUUUAUAUCUUUCUUCGAGUCUAAAGGUCACAAACAUAUACCCUCCUCGUCAACAAUUCCUUUCGAAGAUCCUACUUUGCUAUUUGCAAAUUCGGGAAUGAACCAGUUUAAAUCCAUAUUUUUGGCAACAGUCGAUCCAAAUUCUGAAUUUGGAAAACUCAAGAGAGCUGCUAAUAGCCAAAAAUGCAUUCGUGCAGGUGGAAAACAUAAUGAUUUGGAGGAUGUAGGCAAAGAUGUGUAUCAUCAUACAUUUUUUGAAAUGUUAGGUAAUUGGUCAUUUGGUGAUUAUUUUAAGAAAGAAGCAAUUCAGAUGGCAUGGGAACUUUUAACGGAAGUAUAUAAACUUCCGAAGGAUCAACUUUAUGUCACUUAUUUCGAAGGUGAUAAAAAUAUGGGAUUAUCACCUGAUAUCGAAGCGAAAAAUCUUUGGAUCGAAGUUGGUGUUAAUGAAAAAAUGUUAGUUCCAGGAAAUUCAAAGGAUAACUUUUGGGAAACUGGACCUUGUGGACCAUGCUCCGAGAUCCAUUUUGAUCGUAUAGGGAAUCGAGAUGCUUCACAUAUAGUUAAUAAAGAUGAUCCAAAUGUUGUGGAAAUUUGGAAUCUUGUGUUUAUGCAAUUUAAUCGCGAAUCAGAUGGCUCAUUACGACCUCUUCCCAAUAAGCACAUUGACACAGGAAUGGGAUUAGAACGACUCGUAUCAGCUAUACAAAAUAAAUUUUCCAAUUAUGAUACCGAUAUUUUUGUUCCAUUAUUUAAUAGAAUUCAAGAGUUAACUGGAGCAAGACCAUAUACUGGAAAAGUUGGGGAAGAAGAUAAAGAUGGAUUAGAUAUGGCAUACAGAGUUAUUGCUGAUCAUGUUCGGACUUUAACUUUUGCAAUCACAGAUGGAGGUGUUCCAAGUAAUGAAGGACGUGGAUAUGUUUUAAGAAGGAUUCUCAGAAGAGGUGCACGUUAUGCUCGAAAGAAAUUUAAUGUGCAAAUUGGUCAUUUCUUUUCGGAUUUAGUGGAUACCGUUGUUAAAGAAAUGGGUGAAGCAUUUCCUGAAAUUACUAAAAAGAUAGUAGAUGUUAAGGAAAUUCUUAACGAGGAAGAAGAAUCAUUCUCUCGUACUUUAGAUCGUGGAGAAAAACUCUUUGAUAGUUAUUUACAAAAAACUAAACAAUCCGGAUCUAAAACACUUCCAGGGGUAGACGUUUGGAGAUUGUACGAUACAUAUGGAUUCCCAGUUGAUUUGACACGUUUGAUGGCAGAAGAAAAUGAUCUUUGUGUAGAGGAAGAAGAAUUUUUGAAAGAACAAGAGAAGGCUAAAGAAUUAAGUCGGGGAGCUCGUAAUGCAGGUGGAGGUGAACAAGAAAUAGUUGUUUUAGAUAUGCAUGAUAUUGCGAAAAUUGAACAAAAUAAAAUUGCAAGUGUAACCGAUGAUAAAUACAAAUAUCAAUCAGGAAAUAUUAAUGCUAUAAUCAAAGCCAUUUACUAUAAUCAUUCAUUUCUUCAAAGUACUUCCGACAUUCCAUCCAGUAAAAGUUUUGGUAUAAUACUUGAUCGUACAAACUUUUAUGCUGAACAAGGUGGACAACAAUAUGACACAGGAUCUAUAAUUAUUGAUGGCCAAGCUGAAUUUAUGGUAGAAAAUGUUCAAAUUUUUGCUGGUUACGUUUUACAUAUUGGAUAUAUGAAAUAUGGAAAUUUAUCUAUCAGUGACGAAAUUGUUGCAAAUUAUGAUGAGCUUCGUCGUUGGCCAAUUAGAAAUAACCACACUGCCACGCACAUUUUGAAUUUUGCGUUACGUGAAGUUUUUGGCGAUACGGUAGAUCAAAAAGGUUCUUUAGUGGCUCCAGAGAAAUUUAGAUUUGAUUUUUCAUUAAAAAGAGGAAUUUCAAAUGAGGAACUUGUACGCGUUGAUUCAAUAUCCAAAGAAAUUAUUGAAAAAGAUUGUAAAGUAUUUUCUAAAGAUGUUCCAUUAUCCGUUGCCAAAAAUAUUAAUGGUCUUCGAGCAGUAUUUGGUGAAGUUUAUCCGGAUCCAGUUAAAGUAGUGUCAAUUGGAUAUGAUGUUGAUGAAAUCAUAAAAGAUUCUUCAAAUCCAAAAUGGAGAAAUGCUUCAAUAGAAUUUUGUGGUGGAACACAUGUAGCGAAAACUGGGGAUAUAAAAUUACUCUGUAUUUUGGAAGAAUCCGGUAUUGCUAAAGGGAUUCGAAGAAUUGUGGCGGUUACAGGAGAAGAAGCUCAACAGGCUCUUAGACGUGAAGAAGAAUUUCAAAUUAAAUUUGAUAAUCUUUUAAAAUUACAAGGAAAUGAAUUAGAUGCAUCGCUUAAACAAAUAUCUAAAGAACUUGAUGCAUCAAGUAUAUCCGCUCUGAAAAAGUCAGAAUUUCGAACGAAACAUGAAAAGAUUAAAAAAACUUUCAUAGAAGCCGAUAGAGCUCAGAAAGCCGCACAAGCAAAAUUAGUAUAUAACCCAUAUUUUGUUCAUUUAUUAAAUUCAGAAUCCAACACUACCAAGGCUAUUUCAACUGCAAUAUCACACUGUAAAACUAAUUUAAAAGAUAAAGCCACUUAUUUAUUCACAAUUGAUGAAAGUACCAACCGAGUAAGCCAUAAUUGUGUUGUAGGACGACCUUUAAUAGAAAAAGGGUUAAAAGCCAAUGACUGGGCUAAAGUUGUGUCGGAGAAAAUUGGCGGAAAGUCUGGUGGAAAAGCAGAUGCUGCUCAAGGUAGCGGAACCGAAAUCAGUAAAAUUGAUGAUGCAUUAAGAGUUGCCGAACAAUUUGCUAAACUUCGACUGACUUCAUAA